AUGGCUUUCGUUGCACAAGACUCUGGGACGGCCGCUGCCGUCUAUUUAGCGUUAUAUUCCAUCUACCUUGUGUUUGCUGCCACCAUUGUGAUAAAGGAAGGUUUCAAGACACUGUACUUCUUUUUCGUCACCUUUGGUAUCUUUCGUGUUGUUGGCCAGCUCUGUGGGGUGGUCUUUGCUGCUGUAGGGUUUGAACACUGGCAGUGGCUCGUUGCUUACUUGGUAUUCACCGCUGAAGGUUACUUCAUUCUUAUUCUUUCCACCUUUCAUUUUGUUGCUAAGGCACAAUCCGAUACCUUCGGAACUUCGUGGUUGAGGCCGACCAAGAAAGAGAUCAAGGAGAGAAGGAAAGCACACACCAACAGGUUUAGAGCUGGCUUAGAAGAGUACACCUUCUCGCGUCUUUUCCACAUGAUUUUGAUUCCAGGCAAUGCCAUUCUUAUUGCGGGUGGGUCGAUGUUGGCGGGAAUGGACCCUAAUGACAUGAACAGCAAAAACUCUCAGGUCAUUACCUCGAAGGCGUUGAGAACCGUCGGUCAAGCCAUUUUUUUGGCCCAAACAUGCAUCGCCAUCGGUACCGCCAUUUACGUUGCUGUGGCUGAGGGCCUUGCCAGCAACAUCCAUGUCAUUGCCGUUUUCCUUGGAGCUCCUUUCCUUUUGGUCCGUGGUAUUUUCGGGGUUUUGGCAAUUUACAUCCACGACAUGGACUACUUUGACUCCUCCAACUACACUGCCCACGGCUUGAACUCCAAGUUUGUGGUGUACGAAUACGUGUUGGCUGCAACCAUGGAAUUCGUCACCGCUUGCAUCUACAUUGGAGUGUACUACGUGUACAAGCACAAGCAAAAGUUGGCCAAUCUCUCGCCGCAAGACAGUGAACAGAACCUUGUGACCUCGGGAGAGAAGGACAGCGACUCCGACAAACACUAA